CGUGCGCGAUCUGUCUCAGCGGCAUGGGCGCCGGCGGUGGUCAGGCCACCUUCACGGCGGAGUGCUCCCACACGUUUCACUCCAGCUGCAUCUCCGCCAGCGUCUGCCCGCUCUGCAGCGUGCCGCGGUACGACCUGCCGUUCCGGCGACCCACACCACCUCCACCUCCGCCGCCCCCGCCGGUGCGACCUCAGCCAGAGACUCGUCCCAUUCCCCUCCGCCCGUGCAUCAUUCUCCCGCGGCAGUCACCUCCCGUGCAUUUCGUGCACGGUCAGCCACCGCCACCGCCACCACGACCGACAUACUCGUGGCCACGCAUUCCCACGCAGGCACGACAGCCGCCGCCACGGCCCGUGAAUCUCGUGCACGGUCAGCCACCACCGCCGCCGCCGCCGCCACCGCCCCUGCGUCCCCCACAAUGCAGCUUCGACGACGACGAGCAGGUUGGUCCCGCCUCUGGGCCGCCAGCUGGCAACCGGUCACCAGCCGCUGCAUCAAACGAAGCAGUUGUCAUCAAGACGCGAAGCGAGUACCCGGCCAUCGCCAUGGAUUUGUCCAGCGACAACUUCGCCGUGCUCGUGCACGUCCAGGCUCCCGGGAUGACCGACAUCACGGCAGCCGGUGGCGACGCGCCGCGCGCGCCGGUGGACCUCGUGACGGUUCUCGAUGUCAGUCACAGUAUGAGCGGGCAAAAGUUGACGCUGUUGAAGCAGGCCAUGCGGUUCGUCAUCGCCAAUCUCGGCCCCGACGACCGCCUCUCCGUCGUGUCCUUCAACACGAAGGCGCGCCGGGUGACCAGGCUCACGCGCAUGUCGGAGGCCGGGAAGGCCCUGUCCGUGAGCGCUGUGGAGUCCCUCACGGCGGGCGGCUGCACCGACAUCGCCGAGGGGCUCCGUAUGGCAGCCAUGGUACUCGACCAGCGCCGGCACAGGAACGCCGUCUCGAGCGUCGUGCUCCUCUCUGAUGGCCAGGACAACUACAUCAUGAUGAGGCACCAGGAGUCGUCCGGUGUCCAGGCCAACGACUACGAGGACCUCGUCCCGCCCACCUUCGCGCGCACGGGCGCUGACGGCGAAUGGUCAGCAUCGAUCCACACUUUCGGCUUCGGCAAUGACCAUGACGCGACCGCGAUGCACGUCAUCGCCGAGGCUACAGGCGGCACGUUCUCGUUCGUAGAGAACGAGGCGAUGAUCCAGGACGCGUUCGCACAGUGCAUCGGCGGGCUGCUCUCUGUCGUGGUCCAGGAGGCUCGCAUCGCCGUCGCGUGCGUGCACCCCGGGGUCCGUGUCAUGUCGGUCAAGUCCGGCAGUUACGAGAGCCGCAUCGACGAGGACGGCCGCGCCGCCACGGUCUGGGUCGGAGAACUAUACGCUGAUGAGGAGAGGCGUUUCUUGCUGAUCCUGACCGUGCCAAGAGCCGAAGCGACAGACGGUGACACCACCGCUCUGUUGAAUGUGUCAUUCAGCUGCAGAGACGCGGCGACCGGCAUGGACGUGAACGUGUCGGCCAAGGAUACACUGGUGGCGAGGCCGGAGCACGCCGUGGACGCGAAGCGGUCGGUGGAGGUUGAGCGGGAGCGCGUUCGGGUGGAUGCGGCGGAGGACAUCGCGGCGGCGAGGGCGGCAGCGGAGCGGGGCGAGCACCAGGAGGCGGUGGCGAUACUCAAGAACCGGCAGCGUGCAGUGGCGCUGUCAGAGGCGGCGAGCGAUGGCGAUCCCGUGACCAUGGCGCUGGAGGCCGAGCUGCAAGAGAUGCGCGGGCGCGUGUCGAACCGACAGAGCUACGCGUUGUCGGGUCGGGCGUACAUGCUCGCCGGCAUCAGCGCGCACCAGCAGCAACGCGCUACCUCGAGGCAGAUGAAUCUGGUGGAGGAGAUGUCGGUGGAAUUUAUGGCCGCACUGGUGGCGGCGCCGCCAGUGAAGUUGGCAUCGAACGAGGCGACAUUGUCGUACGCGACGCCGGCUAUGCGCGCCAUGCUGCUACGCUCGCGUAGGGCACGGGAGGCAUCAGCCGAGCAAGGGCAGCAACUACAAGCUGAAGAAGAAUACACAGGAAGCUCUAAACACGGUCAGCCAACGCCGCCACUGACAUCGUCGUGUCCCCGCUUGCCCACGCAGCUACGUCCGCCACCGCCACCACCCAUGCGUAUCGGGCAUGCUCGGCCGCCUACGGUUGUCUUCGACGACGACGAGCAGGGUGGUCCGGCCUCUGGGCCGCCAGCUGACAACCGGUCACCAGCCGCCGCGUCGAACGAAGCAGUUGUCGUCAAGACGCGGAGCGAGUACCCGGCCAUCGCUAGGGAUUCGUCCAGUGAAAACUUCGCCAUGCUCGUGCACGUCCAGGCUCCCGGGAUGACCGACAUCAUGGCGGUUGGUGGCGACGCGUCGCGCGCGCCGGUGGACCUCGUGACGGUUCUCGACGUCGGUGGCAGCAUGAGCGGGUACAAGCUGGCGCUGCUGAAGCAGGCCAUGCGGUUCAUCAUCGCCAAUCUUGGCCCCGGCGACCGCCUCUCCGUCGUGUCCUUCUCCUCCGUGGCGCGCCGCCGGACCAGGCUCACGCUCAUGUCGGAGACCGGGAAGGCCCUGUCCGUGAGCGCCGUGGAGUCCCUCACGGCGGGCGGCGGCACCGACAUCGCCGAGGGGCUCCAUAUGGCAGCCAUGGUACUCGACCAGCGUCGGCACAGAAACGCCGUCUCUAGCGUCGUGCUCCUCUCCGACGGCCCAGGGUCAUCCGGCGUCCGGGCCAACAACUACGAGGAGCUCGUCCCGCCCUCCUUCGCACGCACGGGAGCUGACGGCGAAUGGUCAGCGCCGAUCCACACGUUCGGCUUCGGCAACGACCACGACACGGCCGCGAUGCACGCCAUCGCCGACGCGACGGGCGGCACGUUCUCGUUCAUCGAGAACGAGGCGGUGAUCCAGGACGCGUUUGCCCAGUGCAUCGGCAGGCUGCUCUCCGUCGUGGUCCAGGGGGCUCGCAUCGCCGUCGCGUGCGUGCACGCCGGGGUCCGUCUCAUGUCGGUGAAGUCUAGCAGUUAUGAGAGCCGCAUCGACGAGGACGGCCGCGCCGCCACGGUCUGUAUCGGGGAACUCUACGCCGAGGAGGAGAGGCGUUUCUUGCUGUCUCUGGCCGUGCCAAGAGCUGAAGCAACAGACGGCGACACCGCUACUCUGGUGAAAGUGGUGUUCAGCUACAGAAACGCGACGACCGGCGCGGACGUGAGCGUGACAACGGAGGACACAGUGGUGGCGAGGCCGGAGCACGCGCCGAACGCAUCGGAGCGGUCGGUAGAGGUGGAGCGGGAGCGCAUCCGGGUGGAGGCGGCAGAGGACUUCACGGCGGCGAGGGCAGCGGCGGAACGGGGCGACCACCGGGAGGCGGUGAAGAUACUCAACAACCGGCAGCGUGCAGUGGCGCUGUCACAGUUGUCGCGCGACGACGACCCCGUGAUCAUGGCGCUGGAGGCCGAGCUGUGGGGGAUGUGCGGGCGCGUGGCGAACCGGCAGAGAUACGCGCGGCCGGGUCCGGCGUACAUGCUUUAGUUAACAGCAUGUUCGAUGCAUGCAGUCCAUUGAUCCAAACAUCCCAGAGAGUAAGAUGCAUCCAUGUCAUUGAACUUGUGUCGAAAGCUCACUUUGGUCAUUGUACUUAAAAAUACGGUCAAUACGAUCACUAUAUACGACUUGAGGUGAUUAUACGGUCACUGCCUCAUCGUACAAAGCUCCGUAUUUUACUCUGUUGACUAGUCAAACACCAAAGAACCCUCUCUCUACCUUACGAUGGUCCCACCUGUCAGUUUUAAAAAAAAUCUCUGCGUAGCAGGAGAACCAAACCAGGGAUUUCUGGUGAAGCCCACCUAAUAUAACCACUGUGCCGACACAAGUUCGUGUUAAAUCAAUGGAGCGGUAUGCAUAUUUAAUUAACACGCACAAAAGACACUUGCGCGCAUGCAUGCAACACUUUUGCAGCCGCCAUCGAAAGCCGUACGCUGGCACCGAUGAGAUGAGAAAGUCAUUGGACUACUUUACGACCUGAGAU